GCGUGCUGUAUAGCGAUAAAAUUCGUAGUUGGAAUUACAUUAAAAAAUCAAAAUGGAUUCCGAUUGUGUUUGGUGUGAAUGUGAUUUUUGAUUUAGUUCAUCGUGGUUAAUAAAUUAGUUUAAUCAAUAUAUUUUAUGGUAUUACUGCUCUUAAAAUAAAUGUAUUAUUUAGUUUCAAUACAGAAUAAAUCAAUAAAAACAGUUUUGGGUGAAUAAGCAGAGUUAAAGUAAUUAGAUUAUUAGGCGCUCUUUAUUUACCACCGACAAUUAUUAUUGAACCUCAUUCAAUUCAUAACUCUAAAAAUGCGUCGCCGAAGUGAACGGAAAAAAUCAACUGAUGUUGUUCAGUCUCCGCCUCCUGUUUUAAAACGUUCGCGGAGGUCGCGCCGGUCGUCUUCUCAAACUGAAACGCCGCAAAAAACCAAUAAAACUGACAUAGAAAAUGGCCAAAAUGAAGUGCCUAAUGAGGAUUUAGCUACACUUUCGUCUGUUGCUGAACCAAAAAAUAAUGGAGAACUGGUAGAAGUGGAAUCAUCCGUUCCUACGCCUAAAGAAGAUACGAAAAUAGAUUCUCUGAGGGAUCAAAGGCUUGAGACGAUUACCGAAGUGCCAAUUAAAAAUGAAAAUGACAUUAUCAAAAAUAAUACUGAAGAAGCUACUCCCAAAGAAGAAGAAGAACUGUCAGAGAUCAAAGGAUCUGAAGAAAAUCCUAUUAAAGAAAACAAAAGUAACAAAGACGAAACUCCUACAAAAUUAGCCCAAGAAGAAUCAAAUGACGUCUUAGAAGAAGAAGAAGAACAAAAAGAGAUUCCAAAAACUGAUGUCCACAGUCCAACUAUUGAUGUUGCUGAAAAUGUGGUAGAAAAAACCAAAGGAGGAGAGGUAAGCGAAAAUUCAAAAGAAACAGAACUAGAACAAGAAAAGAAUAAAUCUCCAGAAAAAACAGAAACUUCAGCCACUGUUUGCGAAACUAAGAAAACGCUUAGUCGUAAUAAAGAACGUCGGGCUCAGAUAAUUUUGAGAAAAAAAGAACAAGAAAAUGAUGAAAACGAUGAAUUCAACAAUACUUCGGAAAAAGUUUCAACACCAUCAACUGAAAAAAAGAAAAGCACUAAAAAGCGUAGAUGGCUUUCGAAAAGGGCAACUGAUUCAAAUACACAAAUUCUAGCUAUUUCAACGGAUUCCCUUAAGAAUUUAAUCUCCGAUGUACAUCCAGUGCCAUUGUGCGAUGUUAAAUUAGAGUCUUCAUCGGAAGUGGAGGAAAUUGAAUCAGAGCGAGAGGAAGGAGAGGCAUCCCCUACCCCUGUAAAAUCAAGAACUGAAAAGCCAAGUGUUUUUGAUAGGGAUCGCAUCUCAUCAAAAAUGUACGAAAAUCCAAUCAGAAAAAUUUCAAUUCUGAGUGAUAGGGAUGACCAUCUUCCUCCAAUUCCAACAAAGAAUGAAACCAGCUCUAUUUUGUACAUAACAAAUCUGGUUCGACCCUUUACGGUAUUGCAAUUGAAAGGCUUACUUGCAAGAACUGGAAAAAUAGUUGAUAAUCGUUUUUGGAUUGAUAAAAUCAAAUCUAAAUGCUAUAUUCAGUAUGAAACUGAAGAUGAGGCUAUAGAAACACGACAUGCCCUUCAUGGUGUUCGUUGGCCAACUUCUAAUCCGAAAUGUUUAAAUGUCGAUUUUGGAACAGCCGCCGACAUGGAGAAGGCAAUGAUGUCUUCACAAGAAGCAGGACCUCAAUUUGGGCAUGAGCUUGGACGGGAAAACCGUGUCGUCGGAACUGGAUGGGAUAGGGAUCGGUUCGAUUAUGAAGAAAAGAAGAUACAGAUUCAGGUAGGUAGACCAGUUCGUGAAUGGGAUGUUGGUAAGAGAGAAGAAUUGGAAAUUGAAGCAGAGAGAGCCAGGAAGAGAGACAAAAUUCGCAGUGGGGAACGUAGUGAAAGAGUAAUUCACAACGAUCGCGUAGAUAAGGAAAGCAUACGAAUUGACGAGCGUAGUGAAAGGGAACGCGAUAGAAAACGAAGAUCAUCUGACCGUGAACGCCGUCGCAGUUUGAGCGCUUCACCUGCAAGAAAAAUAAAGAAGAAGAACAACGAUCCCCCACUUCGAUUACUUGAUGAUUUGUUUAGAAAAACAAAGACUACCCCAUGCAUAUAUUGGUUGCCUUUAACACCUGAACAGAUUGCCGAAAAGGAAGCAUUCCGGCUAAGACGCGUUGCUGAACAUCAAGAACGCAUAAGGCAGAGGGAACUCGAAAAAGAAAAAGAUCGCGAGAGAGAACGUGAAAGAGACCGAGAGAGGGAAAAGGAACGUCGACGUGAGAGAGAUCGUUCCAAUGGUCACAGAAGAACAAAUAGUCGCGACAGGCGUCGAUACUAAAAAAAAGCGUUUUUAAAAGCUACGCUAUUUAAUUUAUAGUAUAUUUAUGUUGCAGCCACAGGUCAGAUUCAAAAGUUACCAAUGUGUAACUCCAGGAUUACAUGAACUGUGGUUGCAUUUUCAAAGUUUUAAUCCUAUAUUUAUAAUAUUUCUUUCCCAAGAAAACUAAAAUUAACUUCAUUAACAUUAACUUAGAUCGAACUGUCAUUUUCUAUGAAUUUGUUUUGGAAAUAAUUUGAAUUUUUGGUUAUUUAAUUUUCAUAACAUUAUUUUUAGUUUUUCUUUUAUUCAAAAAUUUUUUUGGGAAAAAAAUAUAUAUUUUCAGUUUUCCGUAUCAGAGUUAGUUAAAUAGUUUAAAGAUGAACGCGCGUGGAUCUUUGUAUCUAUGUUUUUCCUUUUUUUCAAAACGAACGUCGCAAAUUCAAUUCCAUCUUUAUUAAAAAUACAAAAUCAGCACUGGUCUUUGUCGCAGACGUAAACUAAAAGAAAGAAGUUUAACACAGGUUAAAAUAUUCUGUUCUUCAGGGAUAUCAAUGUUUCGUCAACAGAAGUAGCUAUGAAUCCUCAUUUUAUCCUCUUUAUCACAUACACAUUAUUUAAGGAACAAAUGACUAUAAAAUCGUGGGACAGCAUUGCGGUUUGUUUUGUACGGUUUUUAAAAUGCUUUGGAUAUAAAAAAAUGGAAUCUACUGUCCAAAAUUUCUUUUAAUAAAUGAAUAAAUUAAAAAAAAACUCCAAUUCAUAUGGAAUAAAUGUACCCACAAUAAUUUUUACUGGCUGGGGCGUUUGAUUCUGAUGUUAAAAUUUAUUUUCAAUAUAUAACGCUUAGGUAUGUAAAAUAUAAAUUAAAUGAUUAACAUUGCUUCAUAUAAAAUUAAAACAAAAUAUAAAUCAUUUUUAUGUGUAACUUUGCCGUUUUUCUUAAAACAACGGACUAUUUUGAUGAAAUAAUAUUAAAUAUUAUAGAAUACUA